AUGGCCCGUCGUCGACGUGUCACCGUCGAGUCUUCAAGCUCGUCAGAAUCAGACUCUGAUUCUGACUUUUCUUCAGCCUCAUCGUGCAAACCGUCUCCUACUCCUUCAGGAGAGAAAUCUGCUCCUAGUACCGAGCCUUUGGAAGGGAAAAAGCGUAAGCGUAAGUCGUCAAACAACAAGACGAAGAGUUCAAAGCGUCCUCGGUCGCAAAAAAGAGGCGAGUAA